UGCGUGUGCAUGUGUGUGUGUGUGUGACAGAGAGACAGAGGAACAAAGUGUGAUCAACAAUAUGAUACAAGUUGCAGAAAAGAUAGGAAUAGCGUGAAGGAAAGUUUUCAAAAGGUAAUGAUCCUUUAUUCAUUCAUUCAUUCAUCUGUCAAAUAUUUAUUGUAUUCCAAGACCUAACCUUUGUGCUGGAGCUAUAACAUGGAACAAAAUACACAAAAUUCCUGCCUGCAUGGACCUUACCUUCUAAUGAAGAGAAACAAUUCUUAAGUAAGAGAGAUAGGUAAAUUGAUAGUGUUGGAUGAUGAGUACUAUGGAGAAAAAUGUAGCAGGAAUGGAGGACAGGCAGAAUUGUUGGGAUGAUUGCAACUCUUGUGUAACAUUUGGGUAAAGACCCAAAGGAGAGGAAUUUUAUAUUCUGAACAUGACUGAGUAACUGGCACUGGACUUUCUGGCCUGCAUAAAUAACUAGACAACUGGAUAAGUGUAUGAAACAACUAUUUAGACAACGGACAAUAGUUAGCACGGAACUAUGAUCUCUGAGAGAAGGAAAACAAGCAAAGUGAGCCUGAAGAUCACCCUGACUUUCUGUUUGAAGGCACUUUUGGGCAGAGCAGGGAGGGGAAAUCCAAGUAGAUCAUAGGGGUCUUUUUGUGUUGAAGAUAGAGAUCUUGACAUUAGGAGAGUUUGUGGCACUAUAAUUUCCAGGGAAGAGUACCAGAGAGGAAGAAGCUACUUAGAAAAAGAGCUUCAGAAAUCUGUAUAGAGGUCUCCCUUGAGUCCUUGUCUAAAUACUCGUGAGUAUUUAUAUGCAUGAGUUGUGCAUGCAUAUAAUAAAACUCCAUGAGUGUGGGCAAAUGAAAACUACUGGGGAGCUAUAAGCUGAACAAUUUUCAGAGAUCAGACAGGGCUGAGAGACAUUCAUGUUACAGUUGGAGAGUGAAGAGAACAUAUUGGACACCCACAACAUUCAGUAGAGGCCUCAAAAGGGUCUUGGUAGUAGGGCUAAACUAGCCCUAGAGUAAAGUCUACUCUAGCACCAUCCUAAUAAAUCUUAAACACAAGCCUUACAAGGAACAAGCUGAUGAGCAAGUAAGUUAACUCCUACCAAAACAAAACAAAAUUCAACAUUAUUGAAAGGAAGGAAACAAAAAUUCAGACCCUCAACAAUAGAAUAUUCACAAUGUCCAACAUCCAAUAAAAUUAGAUAUGUAAAAAGGCAGGAAAAUAUGACCUAUAACCAGGAGAAAAAUCACUCUAUAGAAAUAGACUCAGAAAUGACAGGAAUGAUGGAAUUAGCGGGCACAGAUUUUGAAGCAACUGUUCUAAAUAUACAUUAAAAGAUUUAAAUGAAAACAUGAACUUAAUGAGGAAAGAAGUGGAAGUUAUCAAAUAGAACUUCUAGAUUUAAAAGUAUAAUACCGGAACUAAAAAUGCACCAUAUAGUUAAACAGCAGAUUAUAUAGUAUAUAUAGCAUAUGGAGUAUAUAUAGCAGUUAUAUACUAAAGAAGAAAAGAUCAAUGAACUCAAAGACAUAGCGAUAGAAAACUCAGAAAGGUUAAGGGCAGAAAAAUAUUUAAAGAAAUAAUAGUCCCCUUUUUUCCUCCUUGGCUGUCUGAAGAUAGAUCGCCAUCAUGAACGACACCGUAACUAUCCGCACUAGAAAGUUCAUGACCAACCGACUACUUCAGAGGAAACAAAUGGUCAUUGAUGUCCUUCACCCCGGGAAGGCAACAGUGCCUAAGACAGAAAUUCGGGAAAAACUAGCCAAAAUGUACAAGACCACACCGGAUGUCAUCUUUGUAUUUGGAUUCAGAACUCAUUUUGGUGGUGGCAAGACAACUGGCUUUGGCAUGAUGUAUGAUUCCCUGGAUUAUGCAAAGAAAAAUGAACCCAAACAUAGACUUGCAAGACAUGGCCUGUAUGAGAAGAAAAAGACCUCAAGAAAGCAACGAAAGGAACGCAAGAACAGAAUGAAGAAAGUCAGGGGGACUGCAAAGGCCAAUGUUGGUGCUGGCAAAAAGCCGAAGGAGUAAAGGUGCUGCAAUGAUGUUAUCUGUGGCCACUGGAUUUUUCACAAGAACAGUAAUAAACUAAAAAUUUCAAAAAAAAAAAAAAAAAAGAAAUAA